AGAGACAAGGUGUCCAGCUCAAAGGACUGGAGGAGAGAGGGAUGGAAAAGGGAAAACUGAGAAAGAGAGAUGACAACAUGGCAACGAUGAGAGAGCAGGAGAGGGUGAUGAACGAGCUCAAGAGAAAAGCAGUGGAGGAAGAGAGACAUCUAAGAGAGAUGGAAGAGAACGUGAGGGAGCAGGAGAGAGUGUUGAAAGAGAAAACAAUGGAGGAGGAGAGGACGAUAAGGAAGAUGGAGGAAAAAGCAAGAGAGCAGGUGAGAGUGUUGAGAGAGAAAACAAUGGAGGAGGAGAGGACGAUAAGGAAGAUGGAGGAAAAAGCAAGAGAGCAGGAGAGAGUGUUGAGAGAAAGUGUGGAGCAGAAAGAAAGACAACUGAGGGAGAUGAUGGAGACAGUGAGGGAGAAAGAGAGAAUGUUCAGGGAAGAAGCGAAGGAGAAAGAACGGCACAUAAGAGACAUGGAAGAAAAAGUGAGAGAGCAAGAGAGAAUGUUGAAAGAAAAAGUAAAGGAGGAUGAAAGACAGGUAAGGGAGAUGGAAGAGAAAGUGAGAGGGUGCGAGAGAAUGUUGAGGAAACAUGUGAAGGAGGAAGAGAGAUGGAUACGAGAGAUGGAAGAGAAAACAAGAGAGCAAGAGAAAAUGCUGAGAGCAAACGCAGCGGAGGAAGAGAGACGGGUGAGGGAGAUGGCAGAGAAAGUGAGAGAGAAAGAGAGAAUGCUAAGAGAGAUGGUCAACAUGGUGAAAGAGCAGGAAAGAAAGAUGAGAGAACUAGAACAAUUCAAGAAAGCUGAGGCGGAAAACAUGGCAAAACUGAGAGAGCAUGUAAAGAGGAAAGAGAUGGAGGUGCAGAAAGGGGAGGAACGGAUGCGAACGCUGGAGGAGGAGAGAGUGAACGAGCAGCAGAGAACAAUGAGCGUAAUGCAGAAAAAAGCGAAGGAAGAAGAAAUAAAAAUGAGAGAGAUGGAAGAGAGAGCCAUCGAGCAGAAGAGAAUCUUGGGAGAGCUUGAGAAAACAGCGAAGGAAGGAGAAAUAAAAAUAAGAGAGAUUGAAGAGAGAGCCAUCGAGCAGAAGAGAAUCUUGGGAGAGCUUGAGAAAACAGCGAAGGAAGAAGAAAUAAAAAUAAGAGAGAUUGAAGAGAAAGUGAGUGAGCAGGAGGAAAUGUUGAGAAAACAAGUGGAAGGAGAAAGAUGGAUGAGAGAGGCAGAAGGAAAAGCGACAGAGCAGGAGAGAAUGGUAAGAGAGAUAGAGAAAAGAGCAAUGGAUGAGGAAAGAAAAAUGAGAGCGAUGGAAGAGAAAGCAAGAGAGCGGGAGAGAAAAAAGAAAAGGAGGAUGAACAACAGAUAAAAGAGAUGGAAGCAAAAGUGAGAGACAAUGAGAGAGUGAUGAGAGAAA